CCCCGCGCUCUCUGCCUUACUGCCGUGCGUCCACAGCUGAGAGCUAUUGGGAGCGGACAUGUUAGACCUGCCUGGCCGGGGAUAAACAUUGCACAUACAGGGGUGAAAGGGAAAAGCACCGAGACCGGAAACCAUGGAUGCUGUUAACGCUUUCAAUCAAGAGCUUUUCUGCUUGAUGGACAUGAAGCCACCAAUUUCACGGGCAAAGAUGAUCGCAAUUACAAAGUCAGCAAUCAAGGCUAUUAAGCUUUACAAACAUGUUGUCCAAAUAGUAGAGAAGUUCAUCAAAAAGUGUAAACCAGAAUAUAAAGUUCCAGGAUUGUAUGUUGUUGAUUCUAUUGUCCGCCAAUCACGUCACCAGUUUGGACAAGAUAAAGAUGUGUUUGGGCCGAGGUUUAUUAAAAACCUCACUGGAACAUUCCAAAACUUGUACUUGUGUCCUACUGAAGACAAGAGUAAGAUCGUGCGUGUAUUGAACCUUUGGCAAAAGAAUGGAGUUUUCAAGAUUGAAAUUAUUCAGCCUCUACUGGAUAUGGCAGCUGGAACUAGCACUAGUGCUGUGGUGCCUGAAUUGGAUAAUGAUACCGGUAUACCAGUAGAAUCACCUCCCUCGACUGUGAAAGUCCCAACAGAACCUCCUCUGGUCACCACUAACUCGGCUCCCAUCGUGCCACAGCUACCCAACUCUGAUGCCUUUGCUGCUGUCGCACAGUUGUUCCAGUCGACACAAGGACAACAGCUACAACAAAUUCUGCAGACAUUUCAGCAGCCCCCCAAGCCACAGUCACCUGCUCCUGACAACAAGGUGUUGACACAGGUCCAGGCUAUCACUGCUCAGUUGAAAGCCCCCGUUUCUCAAACUUCAGAACAGAAAGCAGCUUUUGAUAAGAAAUUGCUUGAUCGUUUUGACUAUGAUGACGAACCAGAAGGAGGAGAGGAUGCAAAGAAGGAUGAUUCUACACCAUUUCCUGCUUCACAGUCUUUUGGGUUCCCUGAAGGUAUGCAGCAGCCUUUGUAUCAGCAGCUUACUGGUCAGAUUUCAAACAUGGAACAUUUUCAGCAGCAUAUGUUAGGAAUGCCACAGGAACCGCCUCAUCACCAGGGCCCUCUUCCUCCCAAUGGACAGCUUCAAGGAUAUAGCCUUAUGCCUGCUGCAUCUUACCCGCCAAUGGUUCAGCAAAUGACACAGUCGAUUUUGCCACCACCAACUUCUCAAGUACCACAUGGAUAUCCACCAGGUUACCCCACACAGAACGAACCUUAUCCACAACAGAUGACCCAACGACAAGAUGUAUCUAUGGAAGUUGACCCACCUUUAAUGAAAGAAGUAAAACAUCGUACAGAAAACAGAAUGUCAAGAUCCAAGUCUGCCUCCAGAUCCCCAAAAAGGAGACGUUCUCGAUCAAACUCCAGGUCACGGAGAUCGAGGCACCGUCGCUCUAGGUCCCGGUCCCGCGAUCGACGCAGGCACUCGCCACGCUCUCGUUCACAGGAGAGACGAGAAAGGGAGAAAGACAGGGAACGCAGGCAAAAGGGACUGCCUCAGAUGAAGGCUGAUACGCUCAGUGUUUGUAGUACUACGUUGUGGGUAGGCCAACUGGAUAAGAGGACGCAGCAGCAGGAUGUGGCUAACCUUUUAGAGGAGUUUGGACAGAUAGAGUCGAUCAAUAUGAUUCCUCCUCGAGGGUGUGCAUACAUAGUUAUGGUUCAUAGGGAAGAUGCCUACAGAGCCUUGCAUAAGUUAAGCAGAGGAUCUUUCAAAGUAAACCAAAAAGCUAUUAAGAUUGCUUGGGCAUUGAACAAAGGAAUAAAACCUGAAUACAAGCAGUACUGGGAUGUGGAUCUAGGUGUCACGUAUAUUCCUUGGGCUAAAGUGAAAACAGAAGAUCUGGAUAGCUUUUGUGAAGGAGGCAUUUUAGACAGUGAAACACUAUGUCCAGAAUGGAAGAAUCAUUCAAAUGAUACUGAGAAAACUGAUGAGGUAUCUCAAAAUGGGGGUUCAGAAGCUGCACAGGUUGGAGAUGCUCCGAUAGCUGCCCCUAUACAGGUUCCUGGAGUUCAGCCAAUGCAGGCUGUUGGUGCGCUACAGCCUCCAAGUUUCCCAAGUCACAUGGGAAUCCCUCCUCCAGGAUUUCCUCCAGGGGUCCCUCCUCCCCCUCCUCCCUUCAUGCGGCCUGGCUUUAACCCUCUGCAGAUGCCUCCAGGUUUUCUCCCUCCUGGUGCUAUGCCUCCAAUGGGAUCUGGAGCACCUUUACUUCCUAAUCCAGUUGCAAACAUUCAAACAUCUGCUUCCCUUAGAAGUUCAACAGCAGACCCAAAAAAGGAUUCUUCAGGUGGGAACUCAACAGUUCUUACUGGCCCAAGAAAUAAUGCAGAAUCUGCUGAAGGUGUAAAACAUUACAGUUCUUUACCAGGACAAAAUCCAGGCAUGAAUCCAGGACUAACUUCUCCCAACCUUCCUGUGUCUUUACCACAACCUGUGGGUGCUCUUGGUAACCAAGCAGGAGCUCCCGGGGGGCCAGUGAUGAGCCAUCAUCCUCCAUCCGGGGGUCUUUUAGGAGCAAGGCCUGGGAUGAUACCUCUUCAGAGGCCUCCUGGAGUGCCACCACCUCACCUGCAAAGGUUUUCACUCCUUCCACCCCGUCCAAAUAUGCCCAUGCCUCCACAGCUCAUGCAUAGAGGUCCUCCACCUGGACCAGGAGGAUUUGGCAUGCUCCCCCCGCCCGGACUCCGGGGCCCCUUUUCACCACAUGGUCCUUUUGUCAGACCAGGUGGUCCCAGUGGUCCUGGAGGUGCGGGGGGUCCAAGAGGUCCUGAUGGGCCAGAAGACCGGGAUGGGAGGCAGUUUAGAAAUGAUAGACAAGGUUUCCCUCCAGGAAGAGAGCGAGACCAGGAGCGGUUUGGAAGGCGGCCCUUUGGUGGGGGCGGCCGAGGUGAGCCUGAAGGUCGGGAUCGCUAUAGCAACCGCCAUGAUGACUAUGACCGGCCUGGCGGAGGACGAGACAGAAGGGACUGGGGAAGGAGCAUGGAACCCGACAGAAACAGAGACUUGGAGGACAGGAACAGACGGUCUAGUGGGCACAGAGACCGAGAUCGGAAUUCUAGGGACGGGGAGUCUCGUAGGGACAAAGAUGACAACCGUGGAAGGGAGAAACCUGAAAUGGCUGAUAUGGAGAGCACUGACAAAUACCGUGAGUCAAAUAAUACAGAGGAAGCAACAGACUCCGUCAAAGAACUGAUUGUACCAGAUUCUGAGUCAAAGGUUUCUGAGGUGGCUGCUGAGCCAGCGAUGGAGUCGGUGAAUAAAUCAGCAGUUGAACCAAUGGCUGAGCCCACAUCAUCUACUGAACAACCAGAAAAGAGUGACGAAGCCCAGAGCUAGAAAUUGAACUGUUGGGCAGAUGUGGAGCGCUGCCCUUGUGAGCCACAGUGUCCCCUUCUGAGCUUGAAUGUUGUAUAAAAUACUGUAUAUUUGCUUAUGCCACUCAACACCUCUUUGUAGUUUUUUGGGGAACCUUGUAAGCAUUUUGUUUACACCCCCCACGUGUUUCAAGAAAGUAGGUUCAAAAUUAACUAAGAAUUAAUACAAAUAAAAAAAACAAACACUCAUUUGCUGUAACUUUUUUUUUUUUUUUUUUUUUUUUU